AUGGAAGCUGAACCGCACAAAUUACUACCAGGAGGGAUGGCUGGCUACGGGAAAUGCAAGAGGACUGGUCGGCGUGACGUUCACAACGUCUCAUUGUCGAACGAGAGCUGCCGAACUUCCCCUGAGAGCGAAUUACAAUCUCAGGGGACACCGAAGCGAGGUGAUCCUGGUAAAGUGGAACGAGCCUUAUCAGAAACUGGCCUCGUGCGACAGUUCGGGCGUGAUUUUCGUGUGGAUAAAGUACGAAGGCAGAUGGAGCAUAGAGCUGAUAAACGACAGAAAUACGCCGGUCACGCACUUUUCCUGGUCCCACGAUGGACGAAUGGCCCUGAUAUGCUACAGA